AUGAAGCUUCAGGUGAUUCUUCUUUUAUUCUUCUGUGUCAACAUGGCGAUGAAUAAAAGAAUUAUGGUUGGAGGAAACUGUAAAAAUGAAUGCUUACUACGAUUUCUUGCAUGUGAUGACCGAUGUAGAAGAGUCUUUAGUGCUGAAUCCGGCUGUAGCCAAUUGUGUCAUGGCACAUUAGCGGAAUGCCUGGACAAACCAUGUGCAAGGUUUGCUGAGAAUUAUUAUCAAAGAUAUCGCUAA